GGACUCGCCGUAGUGUUUACCUCAUACAGAUCCAACAUGGCGUCAGGCUGCUAGCCAGUUAGCUGUUUACAGGCACAUUUUUGGAAUUAUUGUCGUUUCGGGCAAAUAUCUGAGGUAUUUGUUGACGUCAGUGUGAAGAGCGGCUACCAAGCUGUUUUUUAAAAAGUCGUUAAAUCGUUUGUGUUGUUGUUGAAAUAGUAAUUAUAUGUAACUAUUGCUCACCGUGCUAGCGAUGUCAGCUAGCCGUUAGCUAGCCGUUAGCUCGCUCGCUCGGGGCACCGGGCGGCCGGAGCCGGACUCCCCGUCGCCCCGCAUGGCGGAGGCGGAGGAGCUGCGGCCCGUCCCGCGGGAGCGCGCCAUCCUGGAGAGCUUCUUCACGCAGCUCGGCAUGUUCUCGUUCGACCGGGCCAAGGACUACGUGGAGAAGGAGAAGGACACCAGCAAGAGCGCCGGCGCCCUGUGGGCCGCGCUGCUGGCGGCGCUGGCUCACCUGUCCGCCGCGGAGAAGGCCUAUCACCACAUGACGUUCGUCGGACAGAAAAUGGGCGGUCAGUCCUUCUUCAGCCGCAAAGACUCCAUCCGCACCAUCUACACGUCGCUGUACAACGAGCUGCGGAAGGUGGCGACGACGGGGCGCCACGGCCAGCCGGGCCCGGGCUCGGGCUCAGGCUCCGCCUCCUACCUGGAGGACCUGCUGUCGCACCUGUCGGAGCAGCUGUGCCACUUCACGCAGGCGCGCACCGAGAUGGCCGACCUGUACGAGAAGAUGCACUCGCUGGGCGCCCAGAAGAGCGUCAACUCGGAGGAGCUGCUCGCGGCGCUGGACGCCGUCCUGCACAAGUACAGCUCCAAGUUCCACCACCCCAUCCUGGGCCGGGUGGAGGAGAGCUUCCAGACCGAGGUGGACGUCGUGGCCCAGCUGCUGCGCUGCCAGGCGCAGGUGUCCGAGUGGCACUUCCUGCCGGCGCUGCUCAGCCUGCACGGCGCCAACACCAAGCUCACCGCCUGGGGCCAGCUCUUCCAGCGGCAGAAGGAGACCCGCAAGCAUCUGUUCGGCGGCCAGUCCCAGAAGGCGGUGCAGCCGCCGCACCUCUACCUGUGGCUGCAGCGCUUCCAGGCGCUGCUCCUCGCCAAGUUCAGCUUCUACUUCCACGAGGCGCUGAGCCGGCAGACGGCCGCCGCCGACAUGCGGGCGCUGACGGCACGCACCGCGCCCGACUACCACGGCAAGAUCUGCACCUUCAUCCGCAAGCACGACGCCAGCAACGUGUCGCUGGUGUUCGACAACCGCGGCUCGGAGAGCUUCCAGGGUCACGGCUACCACCACCCUCACUCGUACCGCGAGGCGCCCAAGGGCGUGGAGCAGUUCCCCGCCGUGGUGUCGCUGCCGACGGGCGAGCGGCCGCUCACGCACUGGCCGAACGUCAUCAUGAUGAUGGGCGACCGCGCCGCCGAGCUCAACACCCUGGACAAGGUGGUGCACUUCUAUGACGACAAGGUGCAGAGCACCUACUACCUGUCGCGUCCCGAGCCGCACUUCACCCUCGUGGUGAUCUUCGACGGCAGGAAGUCGGAGAAGGACCUGCAUAUCGCAGCCUUCCUGCAGGAGAUCUGCGGCUCGCUGCGCAACUCCAAACCCUUCAGCUCGCUGAAACCCGGCUCCAAGGGCUGAGCUCAAGACAAACCUGCAUCAUCUUUUCUUUUCUGACGACGCUUCGAUUCUCAAAUGUCAUUUUUGCCAAAGGUUUUCAAGACCAAAGAGAUUUUUCUUUCUUCUUCUUUACAUCUUGACAAUAUGUCACCAGAACUUUACAGACUUCAUUUUAAAUUUAUCAAUGAUUUUAAAUCAUUUUGCAUAGGUAACUGUUUUAUCAUGUUUACGUCUUAUUUUUUAAAAGAUUAUGUUCACAAUUUAAAUAAAGUUUUGAUGAUGACGA